AUGGACAAGCAUGGUUUCGCUCGAUUCCUGGACAGAUCCCUGGAGGACUUCAGGCGGCAGCUGCUGGAUGUGUAUCCAGAUUCAGCGGCCGUGCACCCCGAGCAUCCUGGCACCGUCGUUCUGUGCGAUGACAGGACUGCACUUCUUCCAAGCGAGAGCCCGGCAGACGCCACCGCCUCGAGGCCCGCUUCUGUGGCACAAAAGGUGACAUCACCCAUUGGUCGUCAAAGCACGACACAAAGCUCGGGACGCCUUGCCAGAAAGGAGAGCCUGCAACGAUCCUUGCCAUCUGGUAGCGCAGAGCGCGCGGUGCAGCAGCGCCUCCAGCUUCGACUCGGAGCUCGCACAGGGCAAGCCAUGAUGUCUGCAGAAGACUUGCACGAUGCUGUGGUUUCAUUGGGCCUCACCCGCUAUACCGAGCAGGACACUGCCGUCUUUCUGAAUCAGUUGGCGGACUACAUCCAACUUCGCUAUGACGAUGCACCGCAUCGAAAUUCAUCCAGCAGGAGCUUAAAGCGAGAGUGUUUCCGCGAGGUCGGCUGGGUGUGGCCUUCGCAAGAGACGGAGCAAUCCCUGGAAGUGGAAGUGUCGAUGUCGCUGUCACUUCCCUCAUCCUUGCAAGGGCAGCCGAAUGCAGCCUUGGACACGCUGAGUGGUAGUGGCGUGGCGCUGGCACCGGUCGAGGCUUUGAUGCGGGUCUUUUUGGCUGAAGACCGUGACAUUGCUCGACGCAAGAUCUUUGACUCGCGAUGCAUCAAGCAGUACAAGGCCAUGAAGGAGAUCUUGUUGGCCAGUGACACGAAUCGUUUGGUUGCCGAACUCACCUUCGUCAGAAUCAAUGACUUGGCCGCGCCGCCGGAGGAGGCGCUGCAGCCACUGACAUACCUCGAGCCCCUUGUAGCCAUCAUGAUCUUGGGGAAUGCGGUGGCAAUUGGCUUUCAAUCGGAUCCGGAGUACUCAGAUUGGUCUGGGUGGACCGCUGUGGAGGCGAUUUUUGCUGGCUGGCUGCUGAUCGAAAUCGUGCUGCGAUCGUGGCUCGUGGGGUGCUUUGACUACCUGUACGGGGAGGAGCGCUUAUGGAACUCUUUUGAUAUUUGUGUCGCCAUCGUAGCUGGCCUGGACGUGUUCGUUUAUCGCAUUGGUCUCAACGAGGCUACAGGUUUGUAUGGCACCUGGCUCAUCCGCAUUUUCCGACUGAUACGCUUGGUUCGUGUCAUGAGAGUCUUCCGGCUGCGGUUGAUGCGGGAUCUCCGUCUGAUGGUGAAGGGCUUGCUGGCGGGCGUGUGGACGUUAGUGUUGUCCUUCCUUCUCCUGUUUCUCAUUCUGUACGUUGUUGCUGGUUUCGCGACGAUCUUCAUCGGGAACGAUGCAAAACUCCAGGACUUGGGUUUGCAGCCCCAGUUCCGGACGGUGCCCGAUUCGAUGUUCACGGCCUUCCGGUGCUUUACCGGUGACUGUAACUCUGACUCUGGCGCACCCAUCGCAUCGUUGCUGGCUGCAACGUACGGAGUCCCCUUCAUCUUCGGCUUUGUCAGCAGCUACCUUCUUGUAGCCUUGGGGAUUUUUAACGUCCGGGGCCCGGGCCUGGUUUGUUUGUGA